UAUUUCCUGUUCCGGGUUGGCGGUUGCGGCUGAUGUCCUUAUACUAGUUGUGAGUGUAGGAUGGCUUCAGUGGCGGCGCUCUGCAAAGUCUCUCGGCGGCUUGUCACCGGGGCUCCCCGCCCGGGACUGAAACGGCUGCUGUCGGCGGCUGCAGCAGGGGGUCAUGGGGAAGCUGGUGGCUCCCGUACAUGGAAGAUCCUGACCUUUGUGGUUGCUCUCCCAGGAGUUGCUGUCUGCAUGCUGAACUGCUACCUGAAGUCUCAGCAUGAACAUGAAAGGCCAGAGUUUAUUCCUUAUGCACAUCUCCGCCUCCGAACCAAGCCCUUCCCUUGGGGUGAUGGAAACCAUACUCUGUUCCACAAUCCUCGUGUUAACCCUCUCCCAACUGGCUAUGAAGAUGAAGAUUAAACACAAGAAUCAGUGCAGAACCAUGGACCACUAAGGUAGCUGGACCAGAACACAGGCUGGGAUUCAUAAUCAAAAUGUUCUGCAUUCCUUGUACUGUCAAAUUACGAAUUCCAUCCUGAUCUCUAGCAGUUUGUUUUUUCGCAGAGGUCACCUAAAUAAAACUAUUCCAUACAAGUA